CGGCGACACAAAUAAACCUGGGAACAUGCUUAGCAGCGAGGUUUAAGAGGAUGGGAGACCUAGGAGACCUCCAAAAAGCCAUUGAGCGUGGCGAGGAGGCAUUAGCUGCUACCCCUCAAGAUCACCACAAUCGAGCAGCCAUGCAACUCAACUUGGGAUCCUGGUUGUCUUCGAAGUUUGAGCGGACAGGAGACCUCGGAGACAUCCAAAAAGCCAUUGAGCACGGCGAGGAGGCAUUGACUGCUAUCCCGCAGGAUCACCCCGAUCGAGCAGGGGGACACAAUAACCUGGGAUCCUUUUUGUCUUCGAGAUUUGAGCGGCUAGGAGACCUAGGAGAUCUCCAAAAAGCAAUUGAACAUGCUGAGGAGGCAUUAGUUGCUACCCCUCAAGAUCACCCCGAUCGAGCACGUACACAGAAUCAACUGGGAUCCCGGUUGUGUUCGAGGUUUAAGCGCAUAGGAGACCUAGGAGACCCCCAAAAAGCUAUCGAGCACACCACGGAAGCAUUAGCUGCUACCCCUCAAAAUCACCCCGAUCGAGCAAGUAGAUACUGCAACCUGGGAUCCUUGUUGUCUUCAAGGUUCGAGCGGAUAGGAGACCUAGGAGACCUCCAAAAAGCCAUUGAUCACGCCCAGGAAGCAUUAGCAGCUACUCCUCAAGAUCACCCAGAUCGAGCAAGUAGGCACAAUAACUUAGGGUCCCGGUUGUCUUCAAGGUUUGAGCGGAUAGGAGACCUAGGAGACCUACAAAAAGCCAUUUAUCACGCCGAGAAGGCACUAACUGCUAUCCCUCAGAAUCACGCCGAUCGAGCCAGUAGACACAAUAACCUGGGAACCUUUUUGUCUUCGAGGUUUAAGCGGAUAGGAGACCUCGGAGACCUCCAAAAAGCCAUUGAGCACGGCGAGGAGGCACUAGAUGCUACCCCUCGAGAUCACCCACUCCGAGUGACUAUACACAAUAACCUGGGAUUCUUUUUGUCUUCGAGAUUCAAGCGGAUAGGAGACCUCGGAGGCCUCCAAAAAGCCAUUGAGCACGGCGAGGAGGCACUAGCUGCUGCCCCCCGAGACCACCCACUGCGAGCGACCUUACACAAUAACCUGGGAUCCCAGUUGUCUUCGAGGUUUAAGCAGAUAGGAGACCUCGGAGACCUCCAAAAAGCCAUUGAGCACGCCGAGGAGGCACUAGCUGCUACCCCCCGAGAUCACCCAUCCCAUGCGGAUAUCUGCGGUCUCCUUGGUUCACCUCUAGAAUCACGAUUCUCACGGCCUCACCCCGCGAAUGACCCAGAUAGAAGCCUCCGCCUACACAUUGAGGCCCACGCUUGCCGCACCUCGCCGCCCAGGGUGCGCAUUCACGCGGCUCGCAAAGCAGCUUCUUUACUAUAUUCAGCUGGAAAGUUUCGUGAACCAAUUUCCAUACUCGAGGAUGCAGUUAAUUUAAUGCCCAGUGUUGAUCUAAGGUUCCUCAAACGCGAUGACCCGCAGCACAUACUAUCGGAACUUUCCGGCCUAGCCUCAAUUGCUGCUUCUGUGGCUCUUCAGGCCAGCCGAGAAGCCUAUGAUAGUCUCAGGAUACUAGAGCUUGGUCGUGGGAUAAUUAUGGGCUUUUUAAUUGACUCAAGAUCCGAGGUUUCGGACCUCAAAACUGACCACCCACUCACAUUCGACCGAUUUCACCGUCUUCGAGUUGAGAUUGACUUGUCAACAGAUGGAAUCAACAGCACAAGUGGUGAAACACCCAAUAAACGCCAAAAUAUUAUAUCCAGACGGUGGGAUGCUGUCAAUGAGAUGGAAGAAACUCUAAGAUACAUCCGCAGUUUACCAGGCUACGCCGGAUUCCUGCUUCCACCUUCCCAGGAUGCACUGAUGAAAAUGGCAAUCAAUGGUCCAAUCGUUGUCUUCAACUGCACCACUUAUAGGAGCGACGCCAUAAUUGUCACCACCUCAGCUAUAACUUCAUUGGAACUUCCGAAAUUGACCUAUUACGAAACAAUCAGCCGAGUG